UGUUCAAUCUGCACAUCUUUCACGCGCUUGACACCAGGAUCUGCUGUAACCAUAGGGCGUCCUAUUCGCACCGCGCGCAUGUAUCUGCUGGAUGACAACCUUGACCAAAUUGUCGAACCCGGCGUUGUGGGCGAAAUUUUUCUUGCGGGUAUACAGGUCAUGCCGGGCUACAUCAAUGCACCGCAAAAGUCCGAACGAUGCAUUCUACAAGAUCCCUGGCACAAGGGCGAGCGCAUGUACCGCACUGGCGACUAUGUUACAUAUACAGCGAACGGUUGCAUUACGUAUAUUGGUCGAGUCGACCGUCAAAUCAAGCUGCGUGGCUACCGCAUCGAGUUGGCCGCUAUCGAACAAAAGAUAUAUCAAUUGGACCCAAGCAUCAUGUUAGCGACGGUACUAGUUGCAAAUGAUACCUUGGUGGCUUUUGUAAAGCCUGCAGCAGUCAACAUUGAAAGCCUUUCACAGCGAUUGAAGGAGAAUCUGCAGCCUACCUGGGUCCCGCACACCAUCAUUCCAAUUGACGACAUGCCUAUGACGGCAAAUGGUAAGGUCAACUCCAAGGCUCUUGAGGCCAUGGCUGUGGAUGCGAGAAAGCGAAGGGUCCCCAAUACCAAUGACAAGGGGAGUGUACUGGAAGACAAUAUACAACGACGUAUCGCACAAGAGUGGAAGGCAGUCUUGAACAUCGACAGAAACGAAGAGCCCUCUUCUUGUGAAGAUUUCUUAAGUCUUGGUGGUCAUUCUGUACUCCAGAUGCUGCUUGCCGUAAGACUUUCCAAGAUAUUCGGCGUCGCAAUAUCGACCAGUGAUGUGAUUCGAAGUCCCACGAUACGGGGCCAGGCAAGCAUCAUCCGGAGCAGAACCGGCAGUAAGUUGCAUGAAGUCCAGCCACUAGGCAAGAACGAACUUUCGCCGCUAGAGGUGCAAAUGUGGAGGUCACAUCACGCCGCUACAUCUGCAACAACAUUCAGCAUACCGGUAUUACUGCAGCUUUCCGGCUCGUUUGAUCGAUGCAAGUUUAUCACCGCUCUGAACAAUGUUCUGAGAUCACGCGACAUAUUGCGCUCCAACUUCACCCCAUCGGAUUGUGGGCCGAUACGUACUUUGAGAUCUGUUCCCCCACACGUUCUCGAAGUCAGAGUACUUGAUAUCUCUAGCGAGAUCAAUAUUCCUUUCGACCUAGCGCACGACAAAUUGAUCCGUGUCUUGUUUCAUCGUGAGAGCGAUACAUUACUGAUAGUCGCAAGUCACGCCAUUACUGACCUAAAUAGUAUUCAGAGCGUAUUGCGCGAGACAUCUUCUGUGUAUGCGACAAAUCUCUUACCAACCCCGCGCAUGCGCUAUCUUAAUGCCCCAGGCUGGUCACGUCCCGUUCAAACCAGUGAUAUGACAUUUUGGUCAAAGUACCUGAGCAAUACGCCUCCACGUUUGGACACAUUACUCAAACUUCCGGCCCCUUCACCCAAACAUGUCUUCGAAGGGACUUCUCGGUUCCAAACCUUCCAUGGCUCCCCCGUAAAAAAACUCACGAAGCUGCUUCCAGUCUACGGUAUCACUCACCACCAUCUCGCCAUUACAGUCGCCGCACAAGCACUCCAAUGGCUAACCGACACCAACGACGUCAUUCUCGGGUGUCCCUUCCAAAACCGCGUUGGCGACUUGGAACAAGAGUCCGUGGGUCUGUUCCUCGACCGUCUGCCAAUUCGCAUACAGACUUCAUCUCCGACAACGACCACGAAAGACUUGCUAAGAGCGACUCGCGACACCAGCCAGCAGGCUAUUGCCGCGGCUUUGCCAUUCCGUAAUAUCCUCUCAGCUUUGGGGAUAGAAGCGAACGAUCCAUUGUCUCCUUGCAGCCAUCCCAUCUUCCAAGCAAUGGUCACCUUUCAUCUCAAAGAUGCCGUCGAAUCAUGCUUGAAUAUUCCUGGAUGCGAUGUUCGUCGUCCACCACCCAUGGAAUGCUGGGCGAGCGGCAGUAAAUUCCUGUUGAUGUUUGAAUGGACGGAAAUAAGCGCCGAUACCUGGGUGCUCAGGAUAGAGUAUGAUUGUCACAGAAUUGAGCUGAAGAUGAUCCAGAAAUUGGAGCGCGCAGUUGAUAACAUCUUAUUAGGACUAUCCGAAGGCAAAACUAGAGAGAGUAUCUUUAAGAUGUUAUUGUAA